AUGGCCGGGACAGCAUCACUCAAUAUCAAUCAUCAUUGUGGGAUAUUGUGGGCAAACCUAGCCUCACCAAGGAUGGCUGCUGAAUUCGGAAUCGAGAGUUUGGCGUGCAGCAUGGAAAUCAAGGAUUUUUUGGCGACGGAACGUGGCAUGAAAGCAAUGGAGACAGGCGACAUUCUCAUGGUCAUGGCCGCUUCCGAUUAUGAUGACGAUGUGGAUUUGAACAUUGACUAUGGCGAAAUCUUUGUGAAGGGAAUGUUGGAGUAUGAUGCCAAGUUUACUGAGUUCAAACCGGAUAUCAUCAUUUGGUUUUUGGCUCAGCUGGAGACCGGUUUGAUUGGAGGAGAAGUGUCCAGGUUUCGGCAAGACACCAACUUCACCGUGCCAGAGAUCAGCGCGUCGUACCAGCCGCAUGCGAUACCAACCAAUCAUAUCUCGCCGGUUCAUAUGCAGCGAUUGGAGCUGGAGCCUGGGCAACCGCUGCUCUACACUUGGGUCCUGCAAGCGCAGACCGAAGCAAUCCAAAAUUUUACACAUUGUCAGGAACAAAUGAAGCAGGGCAAGGAGCCAUUCAUGUUCCACACACCCCAAGCUCAGUACGAGGGCUACUUUGGAGAGGAUCAUCCAACGCCAAAGCUCUUAGCGUACUCCCCUGGCUGGUGGCCGGCCUAUGAUGAUUGGCCCACGGGCGACAACAAGGGAUAUGUUAUCACAGGAAACUGGAAGAUUCCAAAGGAGGUGCAGGAGGAAGCGGCAAAGAAGGGAUCAACCCUUUUCAACGCUGGCAGCCAGCACGAGGCGUGCACGAAGUUUAUCGAUGCCGGGGAGAAGCCGGUCUACAUUGGCACGGCGCCCAGGAUGCUCAGGUUAUGGUGGAGACUGGGGCAAUUUCUGGAUGCCGGCUGA